AUGCUCUACUCCUUCGGCUCCAACAGCGCCGGCCAACUCUCCCUCUCACACCUCUCCGACACCCCCACGCCCACUCCCUGCACCACCACCGCCCCCCUCCCUCGCUCCGCACCCACCAUCGUCUCCGGCGGAAACCACACCCUCCUCCUCUUCCCCACCGGCGCCGUCUUCGCCGCAGGCGACAACACCCACGCGCAAUGCUGCCACCCGCCCUCCACCCCACAGCUCACAUCCUUCCACCCCGUCCCCCUCCCCCACAUCACACUCGCCUCCGCCGGCUGGAACUUCACCGUCCUGUCCACCACCGCCGGCGACAUCUACGUCUCCGGCCAGGGCCCCAAAGGCGAGCUCGGCCUCGGCCCCGUGACCUCUGCGGCGCUGCAGCGACUACCAGACUUUCCGCCGCCGGGGACGAGGGUGGUGGCGCUGGCGUCGGGGAUGGCGCAUACGCUUGCUGUGCUCGACAGCGGCGAGGUGUAUGGGUGGGGCGCGGGGCGGAAGGGGCAGCUGGGGAUGCCGGCUGUUGCGGUGGUGGAUGUGCCAAGGAAGGUGGGUGUGGGCUGGGAGGUGGAGAUGGCGGCGUGUGGAAGGGAGUUUAGUGUUUUACUGUCGCGCGCGGAUGAGGGCGGUGUGAGGAGGGUGGUCGUGCUGGGGGGCGAUAAAUAUGGGCUCCGCGAGGGGCUCGGGGAGGAGGAGCUUGUGGGCGUGGUGGGCGUGCAGGCGGGGUGGGGGGGCUUGGUGGUGAGGUUUGAGGGCGGGAAGGUGAGGGGGUGGGGGAGGGAUGAUAGGGGGCAGUUGCCGCCGGGGGGGUUGGAGGUGGAGGCGGUGGCGGUGGGGAGCGAGCAUGGGGUUGCGGUGGUGGCGGGGGAGGUUGUGGCGUGGGGGUGGGGCGAGCAUGGGAAUUGCGGGGGGGGCGGGGAUGUGGCGGGGGGGGCGGUGAGGGGGGUGGCGGUGCCCGGGGCGCGGGGGAGGGUGCUGGGCGUGGGGGCGGGGUGUGCGACGAGUUGGGUGUGGGUUGAGGAGGAGGGGGUGGGGAAUACAACCCCACCCCAACGAGAGUCAACACCACAAUGCCCGCCGCCGACCGCUCACUGGGCCGCGACGUCCACAUCUACGCUACAAACGACCCCCACAGGCCCAGUUCUCGGCGGUCUCGUCCUCACCAACGGCGUGACGAACGCCAACCUCUACUCGAUGGUGGAGAUCAUCCUCACCUUCGGCAGUGGUAGUGACUACCAUCUGCAAAACGCAGGCGGCAGCCAGGUCGACAGGGACGACCAUCCACUGCUGCCCGGUAAUUACUACGUUGCCACCGAUGGUUCCUUCUCGGUCAACAGUGAGCCUUGGCUGGCUCGUACGCUUUCGGUGGCUAGCGGAACCCUUGCAGCGUUCCGUGAUGCUGUCCGUGAGCGGGACCGGCGAUGCGUCAUCACUGGAGAAGAGGCGCUUGAUGCUGAAUAUGGCAUCUGGGAGGGCUUUGAGGCUGCGCACAUCUUUCCGCUAGCACACGAAGGACACUGGAGGGACCAUGACUAUGGUCGGUGGAUCACUCCUAGCGGAGGAUCCAUCAACUCUGUGCAAAACGGUGGCGAGCCGGUUUUCGAGUGUGAUUUCCCGCCGGGUUCGGACAUGAUGGGGGAGAUUAGGGAGGGCCCGAAGGCGGCGGAAAGGAUGGAAUAUGAGCUGUUCAGUCGCCUGGCGGGAGUCUCGUGA